AUGGCCAAGGCUGGCACCUCCUAUACCGGUGACUUGACCUACUACGCGGUCGGUCUUGGUGCAUGCGGCUGGACCAACACCCAGGACGAGAAGAUUGUUGCCGUUGCCGAGGCCAUCUUCGACUCAUACAACAAUGGCAACCCCAACGCGAAUCCACUUUGCGGCAAAUACGUCUCCAUCACCGGCGUAGAUGGCUCUCAAUACCAGGCCAAGAUCGUCGAUCGCUGCCCAGGCUGCGAGAAGGCCGACCUUGAUCUCUCCGAGGACUUCUUCAACACCGUCACCAACCACGGCGACGGCCGUGUCCACGGCAUCAAGUGGGACUUCAUGUAA